UUGCAGGUGAUUUAUCCAUUUCUACCAAAAUUCGCUAGACCUGCAUGGAAUCAUCCGGCUGGCCCAAAGACAGUCUUUUUCUGGGCACCAUCAGUGAAAUGGUGUCUUGUUAUAGCUGGAUUGGCUGACUUGGCAAGACCUGCAUCCAAGCUUAGUGUCUCACAGAAUUCAGCAUUAGCAGCGACAGGAAUUAUCUGGACACGAUAUUGUUUUGUAAUUAUACCAAAGAACUACUUCUUGGCCAGUGUCAAUUUCUUUGUUGGAUGCACGGGUAUCACACAACUUUUGAGAGUUGCACACUAUCAGGUGAACAGUUAA